AUGAGGAUGGGUGGGAGACACUACCCGAGUAGUGUUUUUGGUAACGCAACCACCCAAAGAUAUUACUUCACUUACUCUGCAGUCCCGUGGCCGCUCCUGCUUAGCGUGCGCUCUACCUAUUCAGGAGUUUGUCAGAACGUGAACAAUGAAUUUCAGUGCAUGUGCAAAGAGGGAUUUACUUGGAACUCUGCGUUCUGUAGUAAAUAUCAGCCUUGCAGUGGGAAUUUCACAUCGGGUCAGACCUGUGACUGCAUCAGGAGUGAACCAACAGAAGGGACAUUCUGUGAGCCCACUGCCACAAUGACAACCACUACACCAAGCAUUAUGUCCACAUCUACACCAAGAAGUACAAUACCCACAACUGUGUCAACAACAACAAUGACCCCACAGGAUAACCUAGUACGUCAGAAUCAUGCGAUCAGAGAUGGAAAAUUGGCCUUCGUAGAAGAAUUAAGUAAUCGGUCCUCGUCCUUGUUUAAAAAUCACUCGAAACGAUUUAAGGAGUUGUUGGAAAAUGCUUACCGAAUUGUGCACCGUGAUGCUGUGGUAAACAUUUUAGGAUUCACUCUCGUCCUGACAGUAGUAAUAAACAUUAAGGAACCUAUUAAUGUCAAGAUGACCUUCUCACUAAGAAAUCGCACACUAGCUUUCAACACUGCAGUGUGUGGCUUUUGGGAUUUUACAGGCAGGGGUGCGUGGAAUGAUACUGGCUGUGAGCCUGAAAUCAACGAAGAAAAUAUUACAUGUCACUGUGACCACUUGACAUCAUUUUCGAUUUUAAUGUCUCCUGAUACCAAAGACAGCCCAGCUUUGAAUUAUAUCACCAGUAUCGGGGUUGCCAUCUCAAUCGGAAGUUUACUAAUCAGUAUUAUUAUAGAAGCCAUAAUGUGGAAGCAUGUGACCAAACAUAUAACCUCGUAUAUUCGCCAUGUUGGAAUUCUGAAUAUUGCAGUAAAUCUGCUGGUCGCUGACAUAUGGUUCAUUGUGGCUUCAGCUGUAGAACCAGGAACACAGGCUUGCACAGCUGCAACUUUCUUCACUCAUUUUUUCUAUCUUGCCUUAUUCUUCUGGAUGUUAACCCUGGGCCUGCUGCUUGUCUAUCGUUUACUAUUCCCUUUCCAUGAUCUCAGCAGAUCAGUUAUGAUGGGAAUAUCAUUUGCCAUUGGUUACCUGCCUCCAUUGAUAAUCUCAAUCAUCACAAUCGGAGUUACCUUUCCAAGAAACAGUUACACCAGAGAACGUGCCUGCUGGCUUGGCUGGGAGAUGGAAUACCCUCUGCUUGCAUUUGUUAUACCUGCAUUGGUUAUAAUCGCAAUCAAUGUCAUCAUUCUGAUUAUAGUCAUUUUUAAGUUGCUGCGACCAACAAUUGGGGAUGGAUCCAGAGCCAAUAAUCAGGAAAGAGAAGUGUUCAAACUGAUUGCGAGAUGCGUUGCUGUGCUAACCCCAAUCCUUGGACUCACCUGGGCGUUUGGAAUACCAGCCUUUCAAAAAGGUUCCCCCGUUGCUUUCCAUUAUAUAUUUACAAUUCUCAAUGCUUUUCAGGGACUCUUUAUUUUGGUCUUUGCAGUGUUGCUAGAUAAUAAGGGAACUCUGAAUGUGUUUGCUGUACUGCCUUGA